UGAAGCAACAAGAGGAGAAAUUCAACGACGACCACAAGACGAAGAAGAAAUUGCAAGAAACACCGCUUCUUUCCUCCCACCGUCAACGUUGGCCCGAGUCACCGUCCAAAAAGCCGUACGACCACGCCGUCUGGAAAGCCUCGUCGACAAAGAAGAACCUGGCACGACUUCAGUUUCUGAGACCAAAACUGGCGCUGAUAUCACGACGAUAUCAGUUUGGACUCUGGACAAGAUCAAAGAAGACGCCGUCGCACGACUUCCGUCGAAGUUCGACUCCGUCGCCGCUGAAAGUUUCGAGAGCUGCACGAAUUCUGAAGCUGAUCUCAUCCUGAAACCUGAAGCGUCACCGGUUCAAAUGAAGCGAUUCAACAUCGUCACUCAAUUUGCGAAGACCGACAAAGACGUACGCCAUCAAGAAGACGACGUCAACAAUGUCAACAACUCGCAUUGGGCAGCUCCCAAGGUCGUGGUCAAGAAGAAGAAAGUGCACAACUUUUCGAACAACUUCAACGACUCGCUGUGGUUGCACCAGCAGCAGCGCUCAUCUUCUGAGGACGACUUCAACAAGCUGAUCGGAGGACAGCUCAAGCAGUUCGACUACAUCAACGAAUUCAUCCGUUUGCGAGACGUUGGGUCGACUGUUCCUGGCAUCAGCGAGAUCUUUGACUCCAAGAUCUCAGCACAAGGCGCUACUUCGAAUGCAGACUACAACGUCUACGGCCGCAGUACCAACGAAGACCGCCACUCAAUGGAAGCUCCAUGGUACCACAACAGCUUCCGCGCUCACCUGUCGAUGUGCAACACUUCGCUUCUGCCUGACGCUUGGUACAUCAGACAGCUCGACAAGGACGAACGCUUGGACCCCGAGUUGGGUCACUCCAAAAGGAUGCCGCCACCGCUCAACUACGAUGGUUCGCAGCUCAUCAAGUUGACGGAUUCAACAAUCAUUGACGACGCCGUUGCCGCAAAAGACAACAGGAGCCGCACUUCUCCUGCUGCAAGCCGGUUCAACUACCAGUCGCUCAACUGGUCGAACGAGUGCCACGUUGCCGUUCUUUUGCGCCAAGGAACUGCCUGCCUCGUACCUGCUCAACAACGUCAAGCCGAACAUGGUCCACGCUGUCACGGCCGACUCCAUCGACUCCAUCGGAAGACAUCGAGCAGCAUCUUUGCGUCGACAUCCACGUGAAACCUGCAAGCAGACAUGCCGACAACGCCACGGGUUCAACAGCGCAAAGAAGAUCAACACGUGCAAAAAGAACACUGCGAUCGCUGAGACGACGACGCCGCCGCAGACGUCGCCCACCAGACGACUACGACUUUGUUCAAGCCGUGCCCAAGACGCUCAACACGUCAUCUUCACGCUCCUGAAGUCAAACAUCAAUCCCUAUUCCUAAAACGUUAGUUUACAUGUAUCAGAUGAUUAUUUCUCUUUUUCUUUCUGAAAUGUAACAAUCAUCUUAGGAGGGAGGUGUUGGAGCAUAACGCUUAUAUUAAGCUGAUUCUAGAACUUUCUAUAGUAUUCUAUACAUUUCUAGUCUCAUUACGUCAUAGGGAUCAUCUGUAAAGGUUUCCCUUCUAGAAAGUUCCACAAUCUUCUCAUUUGUUCUCUACCUUUCUAGAAGGUUCCACAUUGUUCUCGAAUGUUCUAAUGCUUCCGGGACAGAUCUCUAAAACUCUGGAAUGUUCCAUCUUUUACUCUAAUCUAAAUACUAUCUAAACUCCACCUUUAUUCCGGAACAUUCCAUAAUCUUCGGGAUCUCUUCCCUCAGCACUAUAUAACCCCUUGUUUGUUAUUGUAAAGGGGCUAGCAUAGUCUAGUUUCUUGUUACUAAUAAAUCUUCUACUACAACGUCUUCACUGGCCACCUGCGGGCACAACAUACUGUUAGGAGUUUUUGGGUUAAAAAGCUCAAUAUUUGAAACUUUAGUGUAGAAAAAUAUUUUCCUUUGGAAACCUAAAUUUUUGAAAUUUUUUUGAACUUUCUUUUUAAAUUUGAAGUUCGGCUCUUUUGUGCAGACAUUUUUGAGCUAGAAAAUUUGAAAAAAACUGUCUUUUUCAAGGUCAUUUUUAUCAAUUCCUUAGUGAAAUAUUCUAUAUAUUUUUCUUCUGCCUUCUGUCUUAGAGUGAUCAUCAUUUCGAUUUUUGAAAAAAAUUAGCUGGUGGUUUUUUUUCGGAAUCUCAAAAAACAAAAACAUCUAGGACUACCUAUGCACAUAAAUUUGAAACAGAUUCACAAUUUUUACCUCGAAAAUUCCCCUUAUCAGGAAUAGAAAGGCGAAUUUCAGACGUUCCUGACCUGUAUCUCGAUAUCGGCCGUCGCAACGAAUGGAGUCGUGGAAAGCGGCGGAGCCUACUUCAUGAUAUCCAGGAAUCUGGGUCCCGAGUUCGGAUCCGCCGUCGGAAUCCUCUUCUAUCUGGCCAACACCGUCGCCACUUCCAUGUACUUGGUCGGAGGCGUCGAAAUCUUCUUGGUUCGUUUGGAAAAUGAAAAACUUUUGUGACCAAAAAGGAAUAUUUUUUUAACCAUUUUGAGAAAAUUUCAAGUGGCCACUAUAGGAUUUUGACGUUUUAGUGGUCACUUAAUGGGUUAAAAAUUAGUGGCCACUCUAGGGGUCAAGGGAUCAAUAUAACGUCCAAUCUGUUUGUUUUAAAAUUUUCAGAGUUACUGGAAGGAAUACUGGGUGAAAAACUACUGAAGUGGCCACUAAAACGGAAAAUAGUGGCCACUAUAGAGGUGGUUUCAGUGGUCACUUUAGUGUCCUCUCCAAGGAGUCCUUGGCGAGCCUCUAAAGUGGCUAUUAAAAAUUUUCUCAGUUGGUUGAAAUUUUGAUGGAUCCAGAUUUCAGAUCAAAAAAAGCCUCCUUAAUCAAUUUUAUCAUGAAAAAGUCAUUAUUUGAUGAGUUUUAAGCAUUACUCGACUAUCAGGUCGAACCCGAAUUCCAUUUUAAAUGCGUGUGAAAAUAUUUUUCCAGCUGUACAUGUUCCCCUGGCUGACGCUCGGCGGGAAGGAAGGAAUCCAUGAUACCAGUGAGUUUUGGAAAAAUCUUUUAGGCAGCUGUAGAAAAAUUUUUAGAAAAAAAAUGCGGAAAGAAGAUUUUCAGGCCCAACUGGGAGCAUGACGAACAGUUUACGGUUGUACGGUACAAUUCUUCUGCUGAUUGAAUUCGCCAUUGUUGCCAUGGGAGUGAAGUUCGUGCAGAUGUUGGCGCCGGUCGGUUUUUUUUUUCAUUCCUUAUUCAAAAAAUCUUUUGAAUAGUUUAUAGCUGAUCCUAGGAAAAUCAUAAAUUUUUCUGUAGAAUCUCUCGCUGAUUUCAAGCGAAAAAAGGCAUUUCGAGCCGAUUUCCCUAUCCUUCUAACCAUUUUUCAAUGUUUCGAAAAGCUCGGGGUUGAUCCCUCAACUAAGAAAAAACUUGGAAAAUUUCGCUAAGAGUCUUACCGUAACCCAUUGAGGGGGCGGAGACUCACAAUAACUAGCCCAAAAUUUCACACAUUAUGACUAGUAACUGUGAUAAUAAUUUCAAAUCUCAAAAAGAAACUCGAAAUUCAUCGUGAAUCUUAAAGGACGUGUGUUACGACAAGAUUAUUGAAAAAAAAAAGGUAGAAAGCAUCCAAAAUUUAGGUCUCGCUUUUCUGCGUUAUCGCUUCGAUUUUGGCUUGCUAUGCUGGCGGCAUCGAGAAGACGUUGAAUCCUGGCGCUGGCCAAUAGUCAGUUUUAGUUUUUAUAUCCGUUUCAGACUCAUUAUUUAACUCCAAACCGAAAAAUUCAGGGAUUAUUCUGAUUUGAUUGAAAGAAAGAGAAAAAAAUAAAUUAUUGGAGCUCUGAAAUCAAUCUAAAUAGGUAAAGUUAGAGUGAUUUUUCGCCGCUUUUUAUUUUUUUAGGUUUCCAAAAAAACCUUUUGUUCUGAAAUUUUUCUUCGAAGUUUUGCGACAUAUUUCAUGGAAAAGAAAAAUAAGGAUAAAAAAAGGAUUUUUGCCAUCAUUCUAAUCAAACUUGAGAUUUUUAGAUCUUCAAAACGCCAAAAGAAAAAAACUAGAAGCUCAUUUUUUGCCUUUUUCAAGAAGUUCCAGCGUUCAAUUAAAUUUUUGCUCUUUUUCACUUUCUGUAGUCGGGUCAGAGCCAGGAAAAACCUUGAAAAAUCAUCUUUAUCAAACUUUUUUUGAUGUUUCGAGAUUUAUUCCAUGUAGUGAAAAAAAUAAAAAAAUAAAAAAAGGAAAAUAAAGAGAGAUUUUUUUGCCGCUUUUUAGGAUAUUUUUAUAGUUACAACGCUUCCAGAAAACCACUAAAAGUUUAUUUUUGCAAAGUUUCGAGAAAAUUUCAUUUUCCAUUAAUUUUUUUCAAUAUUCCCAAACUUUCUGGAGUAGGAACUGUUCCAGGAAAAACCCUAAAAUGUUUCUCUACUGAAACUUAUUUUUGGAAUUUUUUUCGACUUUUGAUCGGCCCUCUUUUAGGUGAUCACUAAGAAGAAAAAACCAUCAAGUAUUCCUCUCGUGGUCACUUAAUAAUACCAAAACACUUCUUCUCCGCGAUGUCAGAACUCACAUAAUUUUUCAAUUCAUACUUUUUUUCUCAUAAGUUGAUUCUUUACAAUUAUCCUAUUCAAACAGUUGGAUUUUUAGGAACCUUCAAAAACUUUUUUUUACUCGAAAAAAAUAAAAAUGGCAAAUUCAGAAAAAACAAAGUUCAAAGAACUGAUUUGAAAAAAAUGAUAAUAAAAUUAAUUUCCAGCGUGUGUCUCUAUGGAGAAAGGUUACUACAGUCGAAGGCUUUCCUCCCGGAAAACGUCGAAAUGAGCAAAGUUUGCAGUUAUUGCAGCAUGAAGUAAUAUUCAGAAGGAUUCUUCAGAAUAUAAGAGGGAUUUUCAGUAACACCAUGUUGAUCGACCUGCUUUGUGACCCGAAACUCGGCCCUGGAUGCAUGGGAGAACAUCAGCCGGUAGACAGCAUGUUCCGCUGUAUCAACGGGUUCCCUGGAUUCGAUGGACACACGCUUCUCGGUCAGAAACAAAAACAUCUGAGUUUAAAAAGGAAAAUAAAGUUUGAGAGAAGGUUUUAGAACAAAAAUCAAAAAAAGAGACAUUUUGAUAGAGUCCUUAAAAUUUCCCUCAAAGUUGACUGAAUCCUUCUUGAUUGGUAAUUUUUUUCGGAAAAAGAAAAAAAUCGAAAUUUUAAAGGGGAAUAGGAAGCAUGGAAAAGGGAGUUAGAACGAAAAAUACGGAAAAAAAGCGUUUUUAUUUUUACUUGAGAACUGAAUUUUUUUCAAUAAAAAUUGAUUGAUUAUUUUUCAAGUCUUAAAAAAAGCUUACAAUUUUUUUCUAAAAUUUCCUGUGAAUUUGAUGAGGAUAAGAGGUAUUUUCAAUUCCCAAGGAAUCCUUGAAAUUUUACUCAAAAUUGGUUGAGUGCCUCAUGUUGUAGAUUCUGAAAGUAUCGAACUUUAAAAUUACGUAGUUUUUAAGAUUGUACCUGAAUUCAUGGAUAAAAAAAUCGAGAAAAUUAUUUAUUGGAAUUAAAAACGAAGAUUAUACGAAAAAAAUCGAAAGAGAAAUUUUUGUUAGGGACCCUAUAAUUUUUCCUCGAAGUUGACUGGAUCCUCCUUGAAUUUGAAAAUCCUAAAAGCUCAGAAAUUACCUUAUUUUUUUGAGGAUUGAAGCCUGAAAUUUCAUUUCCUGGAUAGUGUGCAAGAAAAUGCGAUUUCAAAGCUUAUCUUGAGAAUAAUUAUGAUCAGUUUUUUAUACUUCGAGCUUGAAGUUUAGAAGCAAUAGGGGUUUUUCAACAAGUUUUUUUCUUUUUUUUUGUGUUUUUACGAUAAUUUUUCUAGUAAAGGUCAAAACAUUUUGAUAUGAAUUCUUUUUUUCCGCUUUCAAAGUUCAUUCUCCCUAGUCAGGCGAAUCCUGCGAAGGUUUUGGGAAGGUAACGAGCAGGAGGUUGGAAAGUGUAGGAAAGCUAGAAGGUUUUGGGAAAGACUUUGAAAGGUGUUCGGAAGGUUAAAAUAGAAAACGUCUGCCAGAAGCCUGCCUGCUGGAAGGCUUCUGGAAGGCUUAAAAGCAGAAGGAAAAGCAGAUGCUUCCCAACUUUUACCUGAGUUUCUAUUAUAUUUUUUGAUAGUGUCUUUUCAGACAACUUUGGCUCGAACUACGUCGAUAAGGAACAUGCGGCUAUUGGAGUUCCAGCUAACACACAAACGGAUGUGUACCAGGUAUAGGAAGGGAAAAUUAAUUAGUAGGUACUCGAGAAAAAAAUAAAUAAAAAGUUGAUGAAACGGUUGAAAAAUAGGAUGCGAGAGAACAACGGCGGUCCGAAGAGACGCCAGAGACACUAGAAAUUUUCUGGCAUCUUUUAGAGCCACCGCUCAACUAUCGCUUCUCACUAAAAUUGCUAACCAAGAAUCAAGAAUCAAAAAUAAAAAUUUUAGGACGUGAAAACGUCGUUCUUCCUCCUGUUGGCCAUCUACUUCCCAGCCGUGACCGGAAUCUUCACCGGCGCCAAUAUGAGUGGAGACCUGAAAAAUCCGCAGGCCUCGAUCCCGAAAGGAACCAUCGCCGCCAACUUGACGACGUCGUUCAUCUACUUCUCCUUGGCUUUCGUUUUCGGCGGCGCGAUCAAUGGCUACGUUCUGCGGGACAAGUAACGUCUUUCUUCGGAAUCCCUCCAAGAUGUCAAAAAUUUGAAGGAAUGGCCAGUCGGUGAACAGCGAAAUGAUAGUCGCCUUACUUUCCUGGCCGUCUCCUUGGGUCUUGAUCAUCGGAUCGUUCUUGUCGACCUUCGGAGCGGCCCUCCAAUGCUUGUGCUCGGCCCCUAGGCUGCUCCAGGCUAUCGCCAAGGAUGAGGUUUGCUUUUCGAAGGACCUUAAAAAAAAUUGCAAAGCCUAGGAGUUUCCGUUCAGUGAGCCAGUAGUUGAUCUCCGCGAAAAAUCUAGCAGAGCUCGGAGUCUUCAAUAAGAUCAACAAAAAAUAUUUGACAAGCUGAAAAGAAUAAUUAACAUCCUCAAGAGUGUACUCACCUUGUAAAGGACGAAAAUGUUCGCAGAUUGGCAAGGAUGCUGGAAAAACAAUCAGUUUCAGGUCAUCCCCAUCCUGACGCCAUUCAAGAAAGUCACCGCGAAAAAUGAGCCAUUCCUUGGGUAUGUUCCACAGAUCCGUAUCAGAAAGAAUUUAUUGAAUUUUCGUCGAAGCUCUAUCUCGAAAAUCGGACGGUUCUAGGAAAUUUCAGAGCUCUCUAGUGAUAACAACCUCGCUAACUUCCUAUUUAAAAAAAAGCCUAAAGUGGUCACUAGAAAUGCUCAGAAACGUCCAGGGCGCGUCCGAAUGGCUUUACCGAGGUCCGUGAAGGUUUUGAAGCGUUAUUUUCAUAUUUUUAUAGUUUCCUGGAAAUCGACCAGUAUACUUCUCAACUUGUUUGGUGAACGCAACCUUCAUAAUUUUCUAUUUUUGAAGAAAUCAGCUCUGAAAGCCGUACCUGUCAAAAUCCGUUAAACAAGACCUUUACAGACUUUGAGUCCUCAUUUCUCAAAAAAUAGAAAUUUGCGCACCUUGGAAAUUCUGGACCUGCAUCAAAAGAUUUUCUGAGAAAACUUUCGGAAACUUCCCAUCGAAAAAAAUUAUUUUAACCGGCCAAUCCAGAUUCUGAAAGGCGCAAUAAGAAUGGAUUCAGCCUCGUUUUGACGACGUUGAUCGCCGAGCUGGCGAUUCUGAUGGGCAACAUGGACACGAUCGCGGCCGUCGUCGACUUCUUCUUCCUCAUGUGCUACGCCUUCGUCAACCUCAUCUGCGCCCUUCACUCACUCCUCGGAGCCCCCAACUGGCGGCCUCGCUUCAAAUAUUAUCAUUGGUAGAUAAUCCAUGACGUCUUCUGAACCCAUAAGUCAUUAGGUUCUUGUCCCUUCUUGGCGCAGUCCUCUGCUUUUUCAUCAUGUUCUCGACUCACUGGGACUACGCCCUGGUUGCCUGCUUCCUCUGCCUGAUCAUCUACAAAUACGUCGAGUGGAAGGGGUUGGUUUUGUUCUGGAAAAGUAGCUCACUUUUUCGAAUUUACUUUUCUGAACCUUAAAGCUUAAUUAAAGUCAACAAAUGACUUAAAAGCCAAUUAUUGUUAUAUUUGUAGGGAAAAACAUAAGACUGAAUAUGAAAAGUACCUUUUUCAAAGCAUGUCUUCCAGUUCCCAACAUAACUUUUAUUGAGAUCUGUUUGUUCAUUAUUAUUUUUUUGUCAAAAUAUUGGUUUCAGUCCAAAAUAUGAGCUUUUGAGAAAGAAAUCAUUCAAAAUGGAUGCUAACAAGAUGAAGUUUUGAAAUCUCUGAAAUUUUUAAACAGUACCUUAAGGCUUCUACUGAAAAAAAGUAUGCUCAAAUUCCAAGUUUCUAUAAUUUUUCCAAUUUUUCAACAGUGUUUCAUUUUUUCCUGUACAUAUGUACAGAAGCUGAUCAUGGCAGGGUCUUUGAGAAAAUAAAUGAUUUUCCUCAACAAAAAAACUGGAUUUUUAACAAAACUGUAGUAAGGAUUAUUGAUCAAAUCAACAGCUAAUGUAAUGUUUUGACUUUCUUUCAGAGCCAAGAAAGAGUGGGGCGACGGAAUCCGUGGAUUGGCCCUCACGACCGCUCAGUACUCGCUGAUGAAGAUCGAGGACAAGGCGCCCCAUCCCAAGAACUGGAGGUAUCAUCUUCUUAAAUCCUGGAAGAAAAGUAACAUAGUAGCUAUAAACUCAGGCGAAUCCUGGGAAGGUGAGUUGAACUUAGAAGGUCUUGGAAAGGUGUUCAGAAGGUAAAAAAUGAAAAAUGCCUGCCAGAAGCCUUUCAGCAGCUUCUGAAAGUUUUUUAGGAACAUUUUCUGUGAAACGACUCAGAAAAUAUCAAAGAAAAAUAAAAAUUCUCCAGACCCCAACUCCUGCUCCUUCUCUCCAUGUCCUGGUCGAAGGAAGUCAUCGAUGUACGGUAUCUGAACUUGCUCAACUUGGCCUCGCAGCUCAAGGCCGGCAAGGGCUUGACCGUUGUCACAGCCUUCGUCAAGGGCGAUCCGACCAGCCCCGACGACAAGCGCAAGUGCGAGCAGGUCUGAGUAAUCGGCGAGAAAAAUCAACUGGAAGACCUCCAGGUCAAAGGCCGGAUCGACUUCGACAUGAACCAAGUACGGCUACGAGGCUUCGCCAAGACCUUGGUCCAUGCCGAGGAUCAGGUGAGGGGAUUUCUUAAGUUCUCAGAAGGGUCCAAUACCCUCGUAAAUGGAUUUCGAAGCAUACCGAAGACUGGAAAAAAUGUGUGAAGUUCAAGAAAAUUUCUUGACCAGGGAUAAAGUUUUGAGAAGAAGGGUUAUCUACCAAAUUUAGUGAGGAAACGAGAAAAAUGGUCUGUUCUGAAUUUAGUAGCCUAAAAAGAGACCUCCAGCUUGUUAAAUUAAAGAAAAUUUCUUUCCUCUCAAUAGUUUCAGACAAGGAUUAGAAUGUGGAUUUUGUGAACACUGAAAAAAUUACCAUAGCGGAUUCACGGCUGGCUUGAGCCAUCAAAAAAUGGUCCUGACACGAUAAUGCACGAGAUAGCGCCUGGCUCGUGGAGAGCGCAGACAGGACACGCCCCUUAGCGCCCUAAGCUAGCUGUGAAUUAGCUAUAGUUCAAUCAAAAUUUAUGAGGUUCAAAGGAAAAACUCUGAAAGUUUGAGAAAAUCCGGGAUUUUUGGCUCAUUUUUGUUCAACAAAUAUCUAACAGAUCUUCGGAUCCAUGUCGACACUGGUUCAAUCGGUUGGCCUGGGAGGGCUGAAGCCGAACACGAUGCUCAUCUCCUGGCCGGUUCACGACCGCGAGGAGGACAUGACCGAGUACAACACCUUCAUUGGUUAGUUUGGAAGCUCUGGAAGAGAGGGUCACGAGUUCGAUCACGACGUAGAAUUUUUUGCGAGCAGGUCAUAAAGUCUCGGUUCAUCUUCAUUAUUAGCUUUGAAAAGUCCUUGUCAGAGGGUCGCGAGUUCGAUCCCCAGCGCCGCGUCGUAGAAAUUUUUUCGAGCAGUGAGAAAAGACACAGUUCGUCUUUCAUUUUUAAGUUUGAAAAAUUCUAAAAAGGAGGUCGCGAGUUCGGUCCCCGCUGGGUUUUCGCGAGCCGUAGAAAAAGCCUCGAUCCUUAAAAAAAGCUAAUGGUUUUUCCAACUCCUUUCAUCAUUAUUAUUUUUUAUUUGAUUUUUUUAAACUUUAUUGAUUAAAUAAACAAAGUAGAAACUAUUUGAAAAUGAUAUAAAAAAACUACUUUUUUUGAAGAGUUUGAUUCCUAAAUAAGUUUGCUGAGAUUUGAGAAGUCUGACUUGCCUGCACUCUCUUUUCUCUCACCAACGAGGUCAUGAAUACAUUAAAAUACAACGGGAACUGUAGAGCGUAAAAGAAAAAAAGACACUUUUUCUUAACCAUGCAGAAAGGAAUCUUUUUGAAUUUCGAUGCUAUUCACAUCGAGAAAUAUUUUUUUUUUCCCUCAGAAAAAGUCCACGCGGCGUGCGUCAACGACAUGGCGAUCGUCGUCGCGAAGGGCAUCAUUGACUUCCCGUCGCACGUCUUCAGAAUGAACGGCGUCAUCGACGUCUACUGGAUCGUCCACGACGGCGGCCUCUGCCUCCUCAUGGGCUUCCUUCUCAAACAGCACAAAGUAGAUUCUUCAAAAACUAUAGGGAGACUAGAAAGACCGGUCAUGAAGAUUCAGUAGUGUCUUUUGAGAAGAUUUUUCCGAGAAAAGAGACCUGAAAGCUCAGCGAGCCGAUCAUUUUAGAGAAAAUGCGCUCCACGGAUAAAGUAGCAAAAAAUGUUUUCAUUUUUUUCGGUUUUUAUGAAUUUUUUAAUAGUUUUUUUCACAUUUUUACGGGUAGUAAUACAGAAGAGUGAAUGAAAGAAAAGUCAAAAAAUAUCACAAGAAAAUCGUGAAAUAUUUAACUUUUCUUAUAAAGUUCUGCUGCUUGUGUAACGAUUCUGGGUACUUCAAGUAUAAAUUAAAGAAGCGUGGAAAUCACUUAAGGGCUCAUCAGUAACCUCAGAAUCGCGUGGAAGGCGUGGAAGACUCCAGAGGCAUCCUCACUGGAUCUAUGAAUUAUUUUCGCGAAAUAUUGUCCAUGGAGCUCAUUUUCAAGACUCACAGGGUCUGCGUUCGAAAUUUCAAGCUUCUCUUUCUGGGCUGAAUUUUUUAGGGCCUUUUUCUAUGAGCUUACCAGGGAAUGGUCUCAGCUCACAGUGGGACUUCUGAAUGAGACCACUUUUUCUAGAUGUAGUUUUUUAUGCUGAUUCCAAAUCCGUUCUCAAAAGCUGCCACCGAGGUCUGUGAAAAAAGUUAUGGACCCUCAAAAGUCGAAAAUUUCAUAGUCUCCGAUUGAGUUCAUUUUUGGAGGGUAUAUAGGUCUUGUCCCUACGGUCACGAAAAACCAUCGAAUUUUUCUCGAAAAAAUUUUGAAGCCAAGAUAUGAUCUUUCAAAGCCCCGCCGCACACAAGAGAAUGCGCGCGCGGUGUCCUAUUGCGGUCCGACGGCUGUCGAAGCAAUGGCAGCGAGGAGCAGUGGAAAGGCGGCGGACUGGGGAGCACGAGGUCAUAGGUUCGGUCCCCACGCUGUGCAAACUUUUUUUGCAGUUUGAACCUAUUUAAACAGCUGGACUUCUUUUUGUCGCAAAUUUUUCACAUGAAUUUUUUCGUGAUUUUCCAUGUAUAUGAGCAUAGGUUGGAGUGUCGAAAUUUUCAGAAAAUUUUUUUUGGUUUUGUUUCUUUCUCAAAAGCUGUCUAGACCCAAGUUAUCAUAACUGCGCUGGUAGAAAACGCAUAAACUUUUUCACUGACUUUCUCAGACUGCGGUUUUCACUUACCACUCUACGAGAAGAAAAAAACUUUCCAUUUUAUUUCAGGUUGAGGCUGAAAUUUCCGAGAAGGUUUUUCUGAUUCAUAAAUAAAACAGAACAAACUCCCCACAAAAAUUUUUCGUUCAAUGUAAUUUCUGAAAGUUCAUAGUCAGACGGCAAAAGGCGACGGUCAUAGGUGAGCCCACUGCAAAGUACGAAGAAAAAAUUAAAGAAAAAAAAAAAUUUUUUUUUCUGUGUUCGAUAAGCUAAGCUGUGAUGACUUGGGGUUAGACAAUUUUUGGAAAGAUAAAAAAAGCAAAAAAAUAUUUCUGAAAAAUUUCGACACUCCAGCCCAUGCUCAUACACAUGGAAAAUCACGAAAAAAUCUACAAAAAAAAUUUGCGACAAAAAGAAGUCCAGCUGUUUAAAUAGGUUCAAAACGCAGUAUUUUCAUGUUUCUACACCUCAAAACUCAAAAAAGGAGCACUAACAGAGAAAUAUCCAAAAAAGAAAAAAAAUGCAAAAAAAGUUUGCACAGCGUGGGGACCGAACCUAUGACCUCGUGCUCCCCAGUCCGCCGCCUUUCCACUGCUCCUCGCUGCCAUUGCUUUUUAUAUAAUAUUAUUUAUUUACAGGCAGGAAAAAAUAACAUGUACAGAAAAAAAAAAAAGAAAAAUUUGGCAUUAAGCCUGAAAUAAAUAAAUAAAAGGCACUUGAGGCCCUCACGAGCCUCUGAGCCAGUAAUUAAAAGAAUAAGAGGUGAGGAUUGCACAAGGGGAGUAAUUAGAAAAGAAAGCAUUAUAAGUUAUGACACAGUGUAGCACAGGUGAAUGGGGAAUUUAAUUGUUUGUGAUGAUAUAGACGCGCAUAAGAUGGAUGAGAGUAGGGCUGAAGCACGGGUACCUGGUUCAACGGAGACUGGUGGGAAUAGUUCCGAAAAGGAAAUUAUUAUCGAGGGAUAGUAACAAAGACCUGAAACGUUCUGGAGAAACAUUGAGGUUUCCCAAUGUAGCCAGUUUAUUCCAAAGAGGGAUGAACGUCUCAAAGAAAUUUUCGAAACGAAUCCCUACUCUGAUAAGACGUGAUGGAGCACGUACCGAAUUUGAUCUCCUGAAAACACUGUGAGAAACUGGCAAAUGACUCUCCUUAAUAUAAAUUUUUAUGUAGUGUUCUUAGACAGAAUUCGACUCGUCUUCUAAAAAAAGAGUUUGUGUUAAUCUGAGCUAACCUGUCUUCAUAACUAGAAAACCUAAUGUUUGAUCUCAUGAAUGUUUGGCGAGUAAAUUGACGGAAGAUGUUUUUCGAGGGUGUAAGAUAGUUCUGAAGCUAGGGGGACUGAACAACUCACAACAGUAGUCCAUAUAGGGAGCAACGUACGUAAGAAAAAUCCGGCUCAUUAGAGCGGGAGACAGGGCGCUGAACGCUCUGAUGAUUUGUUUACUUUUUUUAGUUUGCAUAAGGCUAUAACUUUACGAAGGUGAGGCUCAAAUGUUAGUUUGUUAUCAAUAAGAAUGCCUAGAUCGCGAACAGCUUCAGCGGAAGAGAUAGUUAUAUUAUUUAUAGUAUACUGAACAUGAGGGUUGCUACGGCCUAGAUGGAGAAGGGUGGUUUUGUGUUCGGCCAGGGGAAGACCCCAUUGACUAGACCAUUGGAAAACGUUGUUGAGACCUUGCUGAAGCGCUAUGGGAUCGUCAGAAAAAAUUUUAAGAUCAUCAGCAAAAAGAUAAGCCUUUACAUUAUCAGAUAAGUUGCUGCUAAUGUCAUUAAUGAAUAUUAUGAAUAAGAGUGGGCCGCAGACUGUUCCUUGCAAAACUCCAGAUGUAAUGUUAAAAGCUGAGCUAGAUAUGAUACCUUCACUAAUGACAAAUGAUUUUCUAUAGGAUAUGAAGGAUGCGAACCAGCUAAUAAGUUUUUGGUCGAAACCGAAAUCUUGGAGCUUGGCGAGCAGAAGGUUAUGGGGAAGCAUGUCGAAGGCUUUGAGAAAAUCGAUAUAUACUACGUCUACGUUAUUACCAAGAGCUAG